AUGUGGCGGAGGGUUGAACAGGUGUCACUGAAGGAUGAACUGGUCUCGCGGAGGGAUGAACAGAUGUGGCGGAGGGAUGAGCAGGUGUCGCAGAAGGGUGAACAGGUGUCGCGGAGGGAUGAACAGGUGCCGUGGAGGGAUGAACAGGUGCCGUGGAGGGAUGAACAGGUGCCGUGGAGGGAUGAACAGGUGCCGUGGAGGGAUGAACAGGUGCCGUGGAGGGAUGAACAGGUGUCACGGAGGGAUGAACAGGUGUCACGGAGGGAUGAACAGGCGUCACGGAGGGAUGAACAGGUGCCGUGGAGGGAUGAACAGGUGUCACGGAGGGAUGAACAGGUGUCGUGGAGGGAUGAGCAGGUGUCGCGGAGGGAUGAACAGGUGUCAUGGAGGGAUGAACAGGUGUCGUGGAGGGAUGAGCAGGUGUCGCGGAGGGAUGAACAGGUGUCACGGAGGGAUGAACAGGUGUCACGGAGGGAUGAACAGGUGCCGUGGAGGGAUGAACAGGUGCCGUGGAGGGAUGAACAGGUGCCGUGGAGGGAUGAACAGGUGUCACGGAGGGAUGAACAGGUGUCGUGGAGGGAUGAACAGGUGUCACGGAGGGAUGAACAGGUGUCGCAGAGGGAUGAACAGGUGUCACGGAGGGAUGAACAGGUGUCGCGGAGGGAUGAACAGGUGUCACGGAGGGAUGAACAGGCGUCACGGAGGGAUGAACAGGUGUCACGGAGGGAUGAACAGGUGUCGUGGAGGGAUGAGCAGGUGCCGUGGAGGGAUGAACAGGUGCCGUGGAGGGAUGAACAGGUGUCACGGAGGGAUGAACAGGUGUCACGGAGGGAUGAACAGGUGCCGUGGAGGGAUGAACAGGUGUCACGGAGGGAUGAACAGGUGUCGUGGAGGGAUGAGCAGGUGCCGUGGAGGGAUGAACAGGUGUCGUGGAGGGAUGAACAGGUGCCGUGGAGAGAUGAACAGGUGCCGUGGAGGGAUGAACAGGUGUCGUGGAGGGAUGAACAGGUGUCACGGAGGGAUGAACAGGUGUCGGAGGGAUGA